CCACGCCCAGGGACCACCGCCCUGCGCGCCCUCUCUCACCACGCCUACGCCUAUCCUUCUGAUUCAGCGGAAGAUGGGUGAGCGUGCAUUGGUGGCAUAGCCGCCCUGCUGUGUGCCAUUGGCAUACGGACCCGCUACAGGCUGCAAGACAUCAAGCAAUACAACGCGCAACGACACAAUGCCAGAAUCCGGGCAGCCGCAGGCCACGCUGCUGCCGCCCGCCGUCAUGGCCCUCAAAGAGGACGCGGCUGUGAUGACUCCCGAAAAGGGACAGAUGCUUAGAACCAUCUCCAUGGACAUUCGGGAGGAGCGAGAGGAUCUCAAGAAGGCUGCCGAGCAGUCCCUCAAUGCUAUUCUCGAAUUGGAUCUGGAGGGCAAGGUGCGAUGGGUGAGCCCUUCAUGGCGCGAUGUCACGGGUAGUGCCGCGAGCAGCAUCAUUGGACGGCCUAUCGCUGACAUUGUUGUGGACAACGCCAAUGUCUUCGCUGACUGUGUCGAGGCAAUGCGCAAGGACGAUUCCAAGAGCCACUUCAUCCGAUUCUCCGUAAACGCCCCAUCUGGACCCGAAGGCUCGCAGUCAGGAGAUGACGAGACUCCGGUCGAGCCCAAGUCUGGUGUCGACACCAUGCCUGAAGGGGAGCUCCAGACAGGCACCAAUCCGGACACCGAAGAGCGAACGAUCGAGCUUGAAGCUCAGGGCAUCAUGGUCUACGACAGGGCCACAGGAAACGAAAGCCACACCAUGUGGAUGAUCAAGCCUUGGGUCUCACGCGAGAUCACCAUCGACUUACCUCAGGUUCUGGUGGAUUCACUGGGAAUAGGUGCAGAGAUGCUCGCCAACUACCUCACGCUGCUCGCAGAUGUAGGAGUUCACGAUCCAGGCAAUCAUCCACCACCUCUUCCUGUACUAUGUCGCAUUUGUGAACGUCAAAUUACGCCAUGGUGGUUCGAAAAGCACACCGAGCUGUGCUCGCAGGAGCAUCGCGCAGAGAUGGAAGUUCAAAUGGCCCAAGAGUCUCUCAAUGAACAGCGGUCGGCGCUUGUGAAGGUUCUGGACGCGUUGGAAGCUCAGUCAAACCGUUUGUCCAAGUCACCGUCUCUUGAUGGAGGAUCUCCAAGUCCGGCGCCGAAGGCAGAGUACAAAGGUCUCUCUAUUGGUCCGAAUUCAGCUCCAUCGUCAGGAUCUACGUCAGGCCGCGCAUCGCCAGCUCACGCCUCGAGAUCGCGAGAAUCGUCAACCAGCGGCCUAAGCCAUCACCGAGCACGAUCUUUUGCUGUGAGGCGACCCUUAGCCCGCAUUGUCGAGCUGGUCCUGGAUCUUUGCGACACGGCAAUGGAGAUCAGUACACCAUCCAUCAAAGAAUCCAAGUCAUAUGCGCCAGGCGAGCUGCGAACACAGUCGCCGCAGUCGGAGAGUCGAAUCCAGCAGGUACUCCAAUGGCAAUCGCCAAGCGCUGGCUCUUUGGAGAACGAGCAAGGUCUUUCACUAUUGUGCGACGACACUGCUCAGCUUGCUAAGACCAAAGUUGAAGCGGUCUUCCGGCAUCGCCGAAUUCUGGAGUACGCAGAGCGGAUACGCGUGGAAUAUGAUAUCUUGGUACAGGAAUGCAUCGAGGCUGCGCUUCAGAAGGCUGCCCGCAUAGCAGCGGGCGAGUUGAGUGAUUCAAGUUCUGGCGAGGACAGUGACAACUAUGAGGUGUGCGAGCAUGAGCAGGGCGCAGAUUCGUCAAACGAGGCGAGUGUCGACCCUGCUGAAAUGCCACCCGACGAGAUAUUCGGCAGCUUGAGCUCACUUCGAUCCUCUGGCAGUCCCUCUGCGAUGGCCAUGGCGCUGCGUAACAUUUCCGAUCCAAUGCUCCAGCGACCGCCGUCUUCCGCUGAAUCGUCUCGAGCAAGCAGUCCGCGCGGUGCUACGACUCCGAAGUCGUAUGGAGGGCCAACCGAGCCAUUUCCGCUUCACAUGCAUAAAAGAGGCUCGAUCGCUCUUGAGAGUGAUACCGGAGCGGAGAGUGAUAGCAGCAUGCGGUCUUCCGUUGCAAGUGGUAGUAACAGACGAGCUGACUCGCCCGGAGCAGAACUCAGUCUCAGUCGCGUUGCUAGUACCCGAUCUCGCGAUCGCAAACGCCAGAGCCUGAUAUUGCCAAGCCUGUCUAGUGCUGGGAGACACCACUCUCCUGGCAGAGGUCCGCCUCCACCAUCUUCCCCAUUACGCAUGGCGAAACCCAGGAUUCCCAGCAGCGCCGGAACUGAUAGCUUACCAUCUCCAAUCACCUCGCCUGUACUGACGCAGAGUGAGUUCAAUUCGCCGGUCAUCAGAGCUCAUCACCAGCAUCACCAUCACCGACGACAAUCUUCAGCUGCUCUUUCCGAAGCGCUGGGCCGGCCAGCAUCUCCACGCUUGAGCGCCGUUGUCUCACAUCCGCAGCCGCGUGCAGUGCAGACUUCCAUCAAGGACUUUGAAAUUAUCAAGCCAAUCAGCAAAGGCGCCUUUGGCAGCGUGUAUCUGUCGAAAAAGAAGUCUACCGGCGACUAUUAUGCCAUCAAAGUGCUCAAGAAAGCCGACAUGGUUGCCAAGAACCAGGUCACCAACGUGAAGGCGGAACGAGCGAUUAUGAUGUGGCAAGGCGAGAGCGACUUUGUGGCAAAGCUAUACUGGACAUUCUCCUCCAAGGACUACCUUUACCUUGUGAUGGAAUACUUGAAUGGUGGCGAUUGCGCGUCUCUCAUCAAAGUUCUUGGCGCAUUACCGGAGGACUGGACGAAAAAGUAUAUUGGCGAGGUUGUACUUUGUGUGCAACAUCUUCACAGCAGGCAGAUCGUUCAUCGAGAUCUGAAGCCCGACAACCUUCUAAUCGAUGCCAAAGGCCACCUUAAGCUUACAGACUUUGGCUUGUCAAGGAUGGGUCUCAUUGGACGACAGAAACGGGCAAUCAACGCAAAGCCUGAUGAUGCACCACCCGAUCUUCUGAAGGCAGGGCCGUUCCGACGUGCUCCUUCUGUCACCAGCUCGAGAUCGACUUCAUUCGACUACCAAGGGCACACUCAUUCACCUGCACAGACUCCCUCGAUGACACCGGCUCUGAACGACACGAAUCAGCCCUCAUACUUUAGCCUGUACCGUGAAGGGUCGAGAGAGCCUUCGCGGCGUACAUCAGGACACCGCAGCGACAGCGGCGAUAGCGAUGCUUUGGCAGCAAUGUUCCGCAGAUUCUCUGUUGCAGACGGUCGAACACUUAUUGAAGAGGAAACCGCCGACGAAGAAGAUCGGGACUCACCAGAUCCAUAUGCCUUGCAACCGGUGCAUAGCAACAUCAGUACAAGGACAGAUACUCCGCCACAACAGCCACCAUCGCAAAUGCCGCCGCCGAUGAUGGCGCUCUUCGAUCCAGAGGAUAGCAAUCGACGCUUUGUUGGCACCCCCGAUUAUCUUGCCCCAGAGACCAUCAAUGGCGCAGGACAAGACGAAAUGAGUGAUUGGUGGUCUUUGGGCUGCAUCUUAUUUGAAUGCUUGUACGGCAGACCUCCUUUCAAUGCUAGCACACCAGAGGAAGUGUUCCAAAACAUCCUUGCUCGUAAUAUUCACUGGCCGACAGAAAAGGAGGAGGAUGACGUCUCAGAGGAAGCCAAAGACCUCAUGAAUAAAUUGAUGUGCCUAGAUCCCAAAGAACGGCUUGGGUCGAACAAAGACGACAAGUAUGCCAGCGGCGGCGAUGAAAUCAAAGCACAUCCAUGGUUUGCCGAAAUCAAUUGGGAAACUCUCCGAGAAGACGAAGCAUCUUUCAUCCCUGCAAGCGAGAACCCAGAAGACACAGAGUACUUCGAUGCUCGUGGCGCGACCAUGCAAAACUUUGCCGCUGAGUUUGAGGACCAAACGACUUCGCCGGUACAGACGCCUGGUGCGGACUAUCCAGAUCGCCCUCACGAUGCAUUGUCUCGCGUUAGAAGCCAAGUCAACUCCAUCAAGCGCAAUCUGAUGCCGUUGCAUAUUCCGCCUCAUGUUCGUGACGGGCGCUCUCGCAGAUUGAGUGAGCCUGUGGUGGCUGAUGACUUUGGCAAUUUCCAGUUCAAGAACUUGCCCGUUCUCGAAAAGGCAAAUAAGGAUGUCAUUCAAAAGCUGCGCGCUGAUGCCAUGCAGUCUCAAGUGAAGGCUGCAGCGGGUGGUAUUUCAGCGCCCACGUCAGCGCUAGCAUCGCCAUCGCCAGCACCGUCCUUAGAGUCGAGCCCGGUUGUUAACGGUCCUCUCAAACGUACACUGUCGACAAGCAGAGCUGCCAACCGACCGCAAUCACCUUCUAUUACCAGUCAGGCGAAUUCCUCGCCGAGCAGAGGCUCACAGCCAUCAUCGCCACUCCUCGUGUCCUUCAGCGCAGGUCAAAACCAAGAGCGCCGCAAGACUUCGAGCGGCUCCUCAAACCUGUCUGGGCACAACAACGGCGCCGCGCAAUCAGCACAUGUAUUAGAUCAAGCUCCCAAGCUGCCUGUGACCUUCAAGGCAACUUCAAGUGCGCCAUCGCCUAUCAAGGUGGGAAAGACGAAUUCGGUACACCUGCCUGGAUACGAGCGCGGUACACCAACCAGUGGACUCCCAAGCUCGUCAUCUCCGAGACAGCGAUCCCAGACAGUUGGCUCUCAAGACACCGACGGAGAUCUCGUGCCAGAGAUGUUGGCAGCGCAUCAUCACAAGCGAAGAAGUGGUGUGUUCGACGUGUCACCUUCCUCAUCAGACAAUGAGGAGACGAGGCAUCAAGUCCUGCUCCGAGUGCAACGGAGACGCCAGAGCUCCAGGCGACUCUCACAAAUAAGCCUUGCGGAUGGCCCCACCUUUCGCACCUUGGAUGUGUUGGUGUGCGAAGAUCACCCUGUAUCCCGCUUGGUCAUGGAGCGACUACUGGAGAAGCUGCGGUGUCGCACGAUUGCUGUGACCAACGGGUCGGAAGCGAUGCGUUACGCGAUGAGCGAGGUCAAGUUCGAUAUCAUCAUGAUGGAAUACAAGCUCCCUCAAGUGAACGGUGCGGAUGUUGCAAGAAUGAUUCGCGACACCAAGAAUGCAAACUCUCACACGCCAAUCGUCGCAGUCACUGGUUACCUGAAAGAGCUUCAAGCACCACACCACUUCGAUGCUUUGGUGGAGAAGCCACCAACGAAAGAAAAGCUUGAAGAAGUGAUGGGUCGCUUGUGCCAAUGGCGGACUCCGCCUGAGGGAUGGAGAGCAACGCCGCCACAGCCUAUCCCAUCCAGCCUCAAGCAUCACGAGUCUAUGCCAGUGGAGAAUAGCCCCACCACGACAGCUUCUUCCGGCUUCAACACAAUGUGGUCUAGAGAUCCAACUCGGGAGAACUCCGUUGGCUCAAGCUCGCUUGGCGAAUCUGACAGCCACUUUGAGAGCAUUCCCAAUCUGAUCAUCUCUCGCCAAGUGACCAACGAUUUCGAAAGCGAUCUGGAACGCAACUUUGGUGGUCUGGGUAUAUCGAGCACGACAAGCGCAGACCAAGUGACCAGGAAACCUUCAGAUCCUUUGCACGCUACGCUGGAACAUCAAACGUCGGCGCCGGCCGCUUUAGGAACGCCUGAUCGUCCUGUGCCUCGCAAAGUGCCUUCCACUGAAGCCAUCCAAGCCAAACGCCAAUCGCUGGAAAAGGUGCGAAACGAGUCCGCAGCUGAAAGUGGAGAUGACGAAGACGAGGAGCUUGGCCAUAUACAAGUUCGUCAGCGUUCACCUAAGGGGAGACACGUCAAACGAAGCUCAAAGCUUGGCACGGAGAUGAUGCGUACAAACAGUCAAGGCAGCGUGAUUUCUGGAGAAGAUGUUCCGGCUCCUAGGUGUUCUGGGAAUGAGCUUGAGCGUAGCAUUGCCGAAGAGCCUCCUGCAGAAGUUGUCGCAAAGGGUCAUCUGACUCCACCCGUUGUGUUCACACCAAAGCCUUUGGGAGACCUGGCCGUCAUGGACAUGGCCGCGCCGGGCACUCCCAGUGACGCAGACGCAACACCAAGACCACAGCACGCUGCGGAGGAGCCAGACCCCGAUCCGACUCCGAAGCCGGCAACAUCGCCUCAAGCACAAGACUGAGGCAGAACAUGAACACCUCACCACUCACAAUUCCAUUCGACGAUCUGCACGAAGCCAUCUAUGCAGAUUGCAUACAUUCCUUGUGUUCCUACGCCGUUUCGGCGAAGCGAAGCGUUUUCUCAUAUGUUUCACCCAGCAACAACAUGACGACUUUACGUAUAUUUUUGAUUUCUGUUUUUAGCGCGAGACGAGCAUGGUGUUGGGGGAGUUGAAGCAAUAAAUACGCGCUGGAAAAGCGUGUCUACCUUUGGGUUUACUGUUUUUUUUUGCUUUUGAGUAUUGAUCUCGCAGAACGUGUAUGAGGCUGUCUUUUCUAGGACGAAAAUCAGGGGAGUCUUCGCUGCUUCAAAGAUUGUGAAAGAGAUGUAAGAGACACACAGAAAACGGGCAGGAUUUAAAGAAGCAUGCCGUUUCUCAGAAUGAAAGAUUUUGGGGGUGUUGGUCGUUUUGUGGAGUGUAGCAUACAUGGUUGUCUAUCAGCUUCAAUGACAUUUCACUGAGCUCGAAUCUG